UGUUACCUAAGUAGAGCAAUUUUUAGGUUGUGUGGAAGGGGGGAAAGGCGCGGCGCGGCGCGGCGCGGUCAUGGAUGUGGAGAACGUGAAGGUUGAUGACAACGAUGUCAAAAAAGUCCUGCUCGGCUACCUGGUCCACAAUUGCUUCAAAGAAACAGCCGAGGCUUUCAUAGCGUCCACGGAAAUGAAUUGCUCUGCUGACUUCUCCAUGGACAUCGACAGGAGAAAGCCAAUCUAUAACCAUGUUAUGGGAGGGGAGCCACUCAAGGCUAUUGAUCUCACCAAUGGAGUCGCUCCAGGCCUCUUACUAGACAACAAGGACUUGCACUUCGAUCUCCUCACUCUCCACUUUAUAGAGCUCGUGCGGUCUAGAAACGCCAUAGGUGCUCUGGAGUUUGCACAGCGAGAGCUAACGCCUUUUGGGAAGGAGAAGCACUACGUCGAUAAACUCCAGGACUGCAUGGCAUUACUGGCAUACUCGGAACCAGAGACGUCGCCCUUGUUCUCGCUGCUCAGUGUGGACUACAGGCAGAACAUCGCAGACAUGCUGAAUCGGGCGCUCCUAGACCAUGGCAAGCUUCCCAGUUACACAUCCAUGGAGAGACUUCUCCAGCAGUUCACUCUCGUUUCUCAGCGGCUACAGCAGGAGCAAGGUGGAAAGGACCUCCAUGCGUCUUUUACGUUGAGGACCUUCUUGGCAUAGUCAUCUCGCCAAGUGGAGCUGCGUCGAGAAGAAAGCGUUUUGAAAUACACAAUAUCUCGACGCAACAAAGUCCUGGUCCAUAUCUGCGCUGUAUCAGGGCGUCAACUCCGAGAGUUGCAUGGCCUCUUCCAACGGGAAGACCUUCCACUGUAAAUGACUUGCCUUCUUCCACUCGCGUAUCACAUGAAUGACGAGAAAGGUGGCGUGCAACGCUUGGAAUGGACUUUCUGUGAGAUCAAGUUCUUCGA